AACGGGCCACUCUGCCAUUAAUUGGACAAGACGAGAAAUCGUCUCACAGUCUUGAUGAGCCCACGCUGGAGAAAUUAGCGUUAUCGUUCCUUUAGGGCCCAUUGAUGGAUUCUAUCACUAUGCAGUUCCCGAUCCAGCGUGGCUGCACGAUGGACAAAAAGAUACCACUGCCUGACGCUGCCGUCUCGAGCACUGAUGGUUCCAUCUUGGAUGAGACCAUGCAUCAAGACAGUACGCAUACACAGAAAGUAAUAUAUGACAGACCUUCAAAGAUACACGACACCGACGGCUCAAGCAAUCAAGCAUGGGCGGAGGAGAUGACAUAUGUGAUACCCAAUCGUUUAUGGGACCAUGGUCUGACUCUUGACGACAACUUAAAGCCGAAUCGCUCUUUGGGAAGUUUAGUGAGAGAGAAUUAUAAGUCCCGGUGGCGACAUAAAUGGGGGCUGUCUCUGAGAGAUGCUAAGUCGACUGGCGCAAAAGGCACAGCAGAAAAAGUAGGGUAUUCUCCGUUACCGUCAUUGCCAAAACCGGACAACGGUCUAUAUGAAUUCUCCACCAGGGGGGCCUGAGGUGCGGUCAGUUGGACGGAGACUAUCGCCGAGCUGAUGCACCCUGACCUCAGGUUCUUACAAAGAUUCUUCGCAUUCAGUACAUCCGUACUGAACAGGAAGCUACGCACGUGUUUCUGUCAUCGAUUUGCUCUCCUGCUCAUGUAGCCCGCUUGCUCUUGUUCCCUGUCCUUGCUCCGCCCUUCAUCACUGUGCCCAUUUCCUACACCCACAGUCACUAUCUGCAAAGCAAGAAGGCCAGUAUAUGUUGUAACUCCCUGGAACGUAUAUCGCGUUCCCCGACCAUGCUCAACGCAUGGCGGGACAACUG